AAAGUCAUAACACAAUAGGCGUAGGCAAGGAUGAAUAAACAUGUCGUGCAGUUAAGAAAAUGAAACGAGGAGAAUCUGCUGAGAAGGGAAGAGUUGAUGACAGGACAAUGUCGUCGUUCAUUCCAUUCCCGCGUAUAUAAAGACGAUGAUUUACGGCUCAACAUUCGACAAUCGCAUUCGUUUUCUUGCUCAUCCGGACACGAGUGAAAAAUGUCUCUCCAGUUUUUCUUCUUAUUCUCCAUCGUCGCCUGCUGCUGCGACUGGCCGACACUGACGAAUGCCGAGCCUUACGGAUUUAGCGCAGCCACAAAGGAAAUUCCGGUCGGCAACGGCAACUUUAUUUCGGCUUCGUCCAGUUCGUUCGGGACGGGAUCGGUCAGCGCUGCAGCAGCGGCCAGCAGCUCGUUUGCCGGUUUGACUCAAGAUCAAAUCGACGGUCAGUUGGCUGGUCUCCGUACAGGUGAGAUGAUUAGCAUAAAUAAUGUGCGUUACAUGGCCUUGAGGACCGAAGACGAUCCUGCAACUGCUCGCCGUGACACCAUCAUUCUCGUCCAAGUCGCCGGGCAGAGCGAUGCAAGUCUCAACAGCGGCGACAGUUACACUGCGGCCAUUUCACAUUUGAACGGCCGCGUCCCUGAUGAAUCGACGACGGGCAACCGAGUCGGCCAUUACAAUAGCGCACCUUCUUCCAUCAGCGACAACCGAGCCAACAUUAUCGGCGACGAAACGUCCGUUGGCUCGUCCUCCGCACCUUAUUCGCCCGCCAUCAUCCGGCAAGAGACUAACGCGGUCGCGGGCGCAUCGGUUAAUGGCGGCGCGGGCGUGAAUGAUCCAUCGUCUUCGUCUUCUUAUUCUUCUCCAGCAGAGUGGAUGGCCGGCAACGUCGACCGCCAAAGCGUGAGUAGAGAGAGAGAGUGCAAUCAAAAAGUCUCGUCGUCUUAUUUUUCCCUUUUCGUCCGCGCCUUAUUUUCCGAUUCCUCCUCUUCUUCUCUAUCAAUAAAUAAAUUUGUUUUGUCUGUUACGUCUGAAUGUGGGCUCGCCAUUUUCUUCUAUGCUAAUCACACGCACGUAUAUCUUAUACCAAUGCCGCCAAAAAAAUUCAUUCUGAUCGCCUCUGGGGGCCUGGUACAGUCGACUGAUGCUGGACGGGAUCGUUCAUCGUCGUCCUAUUCUUCGGCCGGCAGAAUCCGCCCCAAUAAUGGCCACGAAGAAAAAUGGGAUUACUCCAAGUCGAUCCCGGGAGUGGCCGGACGAGAUUACCCGAUCCUGUCCGCCGUAGUUCCCACUUCUUUCAGCUGCAACGGGAGGAAAGAUGGAGGUUAUUACGCCGACGUCGAAUCUGCCUGUCAGGUUUACCACGUUUGCGCCUUGGACAAGACAUUCUCGUUUCUAUGCCCGAACGGGACCAUCUUCGACCAGCGCGUCUUCGUUUGCCGCUGGUGGCACAAUGUCGAUUGCGCAUCUUCGGCCAAGUAUUACAAUCUCAACGACCUGAUUGGCAUCUCGCCUGCCACCCAACAGCCAGCCGUUAGAAAUCCCAUCCAUUUUCCAUCGGCUACUUCUUACGAGCCAGCAGCAGCAGCGCCGACUAAACUUGUCGUCCAGCAGCAGCAGCCAAUCCAGUCCAGCACCACCGGCGUGUCGCAAAAACCGCUGAAACAAAUUUAUGGGCCCCCACCUUCUUCGGCAGUCCUUCAGUCCGUUUUGAUCGAGGAGGCAAUCCGACGUCCGUCAAGUGGACUGAAAGCUCCGGCGAUUCAACCGACGGCCUCGUCCGCCUACUAAAAAAACAAGAAGAAAAAGAAGACAUAUAGAAAAUUAUACAAUCACAAUCAUAUAGUAUAGUAGUAGUGCCUCUCUGCUUAUUCCACAUUUUGUCUGUAAAUGGUGAUGGCCAGCUGCAGCCUGUCCAGCAACCUUGGCCAGCUGGAAACGAUUUGCACAUUCGCAUUUUUAUAUCGCCGUAAUAAAAACAGCAGCCGCUGAUCUGAAUGA